CGGAGACCCCGCUGAUCGAUAAGGCUCGCACUCCACUCUGGGACUGAGAGCAAUAUCCUCCUCCGUUGUCGGUCUUCGAGAACUAUCCCCUCUUUCAGUUUAUUCUAUCGACAGACAACCUGUCAGGCAUCAUCCCUGCCAGGAUUACUACGAAAUUAGAUAACCGCCUGAUCCAUUGCGCCUUGUCAGUCUAAGCAUCCAACGAAUUUCGGUGAAAGGGAUAUCGGACUCCUCAAUCUGGCGCCAUGUCCAACUCUUUUCUAGGCCUUGAAGGGUUACAUGUCUUCAUCACUGGUGCCGCUGGCGGAAUUGGAAGCCAGGCUAUUCGGGAGUUUCUAGACCACGGAUGCAAUGUCACCGCACACGACCUCCGACCCAUCGAGGUCCCAUCUCUUCACGGCGAGCAAUAUGCCCGUCUUCACACCGUAACGGGUGAUAUUUCAGACGAGGAAUCCAUCCGUUCCUGCUUCCAACAAGCCAGGAAGCGCUUCGGGCCCGUCAACAUCCUAAUCGCCAAUGCAGGUAUCACGGACGAAAGUAACGAGUACCCCAUCUGGGAAAUGCCCCUGGACCUAUGGGAAAAGACCUAUAGGACAAAUAUCCGAGGCACAUUCCUGACCAUCAAGCAUUUCCUGCGCGCUGCAAAUGCCGCCCAGGAUGCGCUUGGUAGAGAACUAGAUAAUCUGGCUAUUGUCGUGACGGGCAGUGAGUGCGGCAAGUUUGGUCAGGCGGGUCAUUCUGAGUAUGCUUCUGGAAAGGCUGGUUUGCAGUAUGGGUUGAUUAGGGGCGUGAAGAAUGAGAUUGUUCGUUUGAACAGCAAGGCUAGGAUCAAUUCUGUCGCGCCGGGUUGGGUUAAUACCCCGUUGAUCGAGGGUAGACUUGAUCAUCCGAAGGAGAUGUGGGCUGAAGCGCAGGCUACAGUUCCCUUAAGGAAGAUCGCGAAGCCCGAAGACGUCGCUCGCGCAAUGGCAUUUUUGGCCUCACACCGCGCCGCGGGUCAUAUCUCUGGCGAGUGCCUGAGUGUGGAUGGAGGCAUGGAGGGCCGUCUUGUCUGGAAAGAGAACGAGGUUGUUAAGACAUCCUCUUCUAGUCAGCUGGCCGUGGCUUCGAAACCGCAAGAGCAGAGUGUUUCCCAGUCUAUCCCCAGAGCACUCACCAAACCAAAGAGGAACAAAAUCCGUGUAUCCGUCUCUAUAGAUCUGGAUGCUGUCUCAGGAUGGCUGGGAACAGGUUCGCAUCCAGACAACAUCUUAGCCGACUACUCCUCUGGCUUUUUCGCCGCCAAAGUCGGCGUCCCGCGUCUCCUCCACAUGCUUAAAAAAGUCGGAAUCGCCGACCGCUGCACAUGGUUCAUUCCAGGCCACUCCGCAGAGAGCUUCCCAGAGGAGGUGCGCCAAGUGGUAGAAUCUGGCUGCGAAAUCGGACUACACGGCUACGCCCAUGAGGGCGCAUACCAAAUGACACCGGCGCAGGAGCGUGAUGUACUCGAGAGAUGCAUCGAGAUUUCCAAGAAACUAACAGGAAAGAAACCCGCUGGAUACAGAGCUCCACUGUAUCAACUUCGAGAAUCAACUCUCGAUCUAUUGGAGGAGUAUGGCUUUGAAUACGACGCUUCUCUCACCGACCACGAUUCCCAUCCUUUCUUCGCCCCUCGUCGUCCUGCCCUCCAACCCAUCGACUUCUCCCAACCAGCCUCAACCUGGAUGCAUCCCAUCCCGCCGCCCACGAACGACAACAAACCCGACCGUCGUCCCCUCGUCUGCAUCCCCUGCAACUGGUACAUGGAAGACAUGACCCCGAUGCAAUUCCUCCCGCACGCACACAACUCACACGGCUACGUCGACGUGCGCGUGAUCGAACAGAUGUGGCGGGAUCGAUUCCUCUGGAUUCGAGAGAAUGAGGAAGAGCCGAUCUUCCCAGUGCUCAUGCAUCCGGAUACGAGUGGGAUGGCGCAUGUGAUUGGGAUGUUGGAGAGAAUGUUGAGAUGGUUGAAGGGGUGGGGGGAGGAUGAGAUUGAGUUUUGUCAGACGGGGGAGAUUGCGAGGUGGUGGAGGGAAAAGGAGUUGGUCGCGGGGGCGCAGUAGACUAGAUUUCUUCUCCUUUCUUUUCUUUUUUACUCGUAGAUUAUGAUAUAACAUAUAAAUAUGAUUUUCUG